AAUGAUGAUGAUACCAAUAAUCGAAAACAACAAAAACAACAGCAUCCGAAACAAAAUCCGUUGACACCAUUAUUUCCAAUACCAACAACAGCAGGCAAUACGAACAACAACAACAAAAAUCAAAAUGAUUUGCCUAAAGUUGAUGAUACUGCUGCCAGUGAUACAAAAUCCGAACAAAAUAUUCAUAAUUCAAAUCAAACCCACAAUACUCGUUACUUUUCACCCACAAUAAGUGCAUUGGUACGAGGGUUACAUGAUACUGGUGUCCGGGAUGUACAUACGUUACAGUUGCCUUUAUUCGAGACAGAUGAUGAAGAAGAGGAUGAGGGUAAUGAAAAAGGAAGUCAAAAGGAGAAACUAAAUAAUGAUACAGAAGAGCAGUUACAAAAAGAAGAUACACUGAAAACAAAAUCACAUUUAGUUACAAAUUUUCUGCAUCAUACAAUUUCACCUAAUACUCUUACCAAUAGUUCACCUAAGAAAACAAAAUCAACGUCGGAAUUAUCACCUACACAAGACCACGAACACCAGCCGCCGUCUCAUCAUCAGCAUCAUCAUCUGUUUCAUCUACAUCCGUCCCUGCCACGUUUUGUGGUAGAUCUUGCUGGUGAUCCUGCUGAUAAUAAUAAUGGUGAUACCGAACAUAAAUUACUCGAAUCACAUGCUCCGCCUAGUCCGGGUGGAGCACGUCGUUUGAGUCAAUUUAAUUUUAAUUUGAGACGUUUCUCUCACACUCACCAUACGACGAACCUCAAUCGUUUUGGAGACUCUAUGGGUUCGUUGGGACAUCGUGCACUUCUACAAUAUGUGGAUACAAACGAUUUAUCCGGUCUCCGUGCUAUCUUAGAUAGUCGUCAUUUAUCUGUUGAUGAUCGUGAUGAAAAUGGCACCACCGUACUCAUGGUUGUGGCAGCUCGUGGUCUAACACCUUUUGUGCGUGAAUUUCUGGCACGUGGCGCUGAUAUUCAUGCUGAGGACAAUGAUAAUUGGACAGCUUUAUUGUGUGCCUCGAAAACAGGUCAUUUCGAUAUAGUUCAAAUGUUAUUGGAUCAUGGUGCUGAUAUUGAACAUCGUGAUAUGGGUGGUUGGACUGCCUUAAUGUGGGCUGCUUAUCGUGGUCACACGGAAUUGGUGCGUUUCUUGUUGGACAAAGGAGCCGAUGUUAAUGUCCAUGGCAAUUAUCAUUUGGGCCCUUUACUGUGGGCCGCCGGUCGUGGUUUUAAGGAUAUUGUAGAAAUGUUAGUUAAUCGCGGGGCUAAAGUUAAUGUGGGUGAUAAAUAUGGUACGACUGCCUUAGUGUGGGCUUGUCGCAAGGGUAAUGUGGAGAUUGUGGAUACUCUGUUGAAGGCUGGCGCCAAUGUAGAUACAGCUGGCAUGUAUUCUUGGACGCCUUUGUUGGUGGCCGUUACUGGUGGACACACCGAGUGUGUUAUAUCUCUGCUGGAAAAGAAACCCAAUGUCAAUGCUCUGGACAAAGAUGGCAUGACUGCUUUGUCUAUAGCUUCACGCGAAGGUUAUCAGGAAAUUGCUGCCGCCUUAAUAGCAGCUGGUGCUUAUAUCAAUAUACAAGAUCGUGCAGGCGAUACUCCCCUUAUACAUGCAGUCAAAGGUGGACAUCGUAGUGUUGUGGAGGCUUUGCUGAAAAAACAUGCCGAUGUUGAUAUUCAGGGCAAAGAUCGCAAAACGGCAAUUUAUACGGCCGUAGAAAAGGGUCACAAUCAAAUAGUGAAAAUAUUGUUACAAACUAAUCCUGAUCUCGAAGCGGCUACCAAAGAUGGCGAUACCGCCUUACUAAAAGCCGUACGUAAUCGCAAUUUGGAUAUAGUACAAAUGUUAUUAGAUCGUAAAGCUAAGGUUGGUGCUAGUGAUAAGAAAGGUGAUACUUGUCUACACAUUGCCAUGCGUGCUAGAUCGAAGGCAAUCGUGGAGGCCCUAUUAAGAAAUCCGAAAAACAGUCAAUUGUUAUAUAGACCCAAUAAGUCGGGCGAGACGCCUUAUGUUAUAGAUACCUCCCAUCAAAAGACAAUUUUGGGCCAAGUAUUUGGUUCGAGACGUUUAAAUACCAAUGAGGACUCUGAAGGUAUGCUGGGCUAUGAAUUGUAUUCUUCCGCCUUGGCCGAUGUCUUGAGUGAUCCCACUUUAACCACUCCCAUAACUGUGGGCUUAUAUGCCAAAUGGGGUAGUGGCAAAUCUUUCCUGCUUAACAAACUUAAAGAUGAAAUGACUAAUUUUGCAAGACAAUGGGCUGAGCCGCCUUUAAAAACGGGUGGCCUAUUGUUUUUGGUGUGUUUUCAUUUAGCUUUAAUACUGGGCACCAUGGUAGGUUUGGCUACUUGGUCAGCUCUAUGGGGUGGUGUGGCCGGUGUUAGUUUCUUAGUGUUUGCCUAUCUGCUCUUAGCCAUAAUACGUUAUUGCAAUUACCAAAUGGACAUGUACUGGGCAUAUUCCAUAGAUCAUGGAAUACUCAAGCGCAUUGGACGUCUAAGACUGAUACUACAAGUAGCCUUUUGUCAUCCGCCCGGUGCUCAGGCGGACACACAAGCCAAACCAGUGCGUUUUCAUUUUGCUGAAGCCAGUAGUGCUUCGCCAACGGGAGAAGGUGCUGUUGCCCAUAUGUUAGCCUCGCUAUUUGAAGCCAUUGAAGGUCACUAUGGCUGGUUGUCCACUAGACUUUAUAGAGCCUUUCGUCCUAAACCCUUAAAAGUUACCGCUGGUUGGCGCUGGCGUCGCAUGUGUUGUGUUCCUAUAGUGGUUAUCUUUGAGGUUGGUUUGCUAGCUUUAAUUGCUGGUCUAUCUUUGGUGGUGGCCUAUUUUGCUCAUGGCACUAAUGUCGAACGUGAUAAUGUCUUGGUGCCGAUUUAUGUUAUCAGUGCAGUGUUUAUUUGCAUUAUCUGUACAAAUCUUCAUGUGCUAGCGAAAGCCGUUGGUUCGCUGUUUGUGUCGCAGGGUCGCCAUCUAAAGCGUACGGUGCGUUCUAAUGAGGGUGCUCCACUGACUGCUUUGGGCGCAGAGGUGGCUUUAAUGACCGAUAUGGUGAAGUGCCUCGAUGCUUUCACCAGUCAACAGAGCCGUUUGGUAGGUGUUGUUGAUGCCUUAGACUCCUGUGAUACCGAAAGAAUUUUGUCCGUUCUGAACGCUAUACAAACUUUACUCUCAUCACCUAAUCGCCCAUUUGUUGUUCUCAUUGCCGUUGAUCCUCACGUUAUCGCUAAAGCUGCCGAGGCGAAUAGUCGCCGCCUCUUUACCGAGGGCGGUAUUGGCGGUCAUGAUUUCCUUCGAAAUUUAAUACAUCUUCCCGUAUAUUUGCAAAAUUCUGGCUUACGUAAAGUACAAAGAGCCCAAAUGACCGCUCUGCUGUUCAAACGUAAUUACGGCGAAUUACAAGGGGAUGAUGUACCAACCUUGGGUCAUUCGGUAUCGGCAAGACGUCUAUCAAAUGCUUCGGAAAUAAUGUCAAGUCAAGAGAAGCUUAGAGGACCUAUGGGUGCAGGUGGUCGUGGGGCUGGACCCGGUAAAAAAUUACGUUUAUCCGAAUCAGUGGCCAGUUCGAUUGGUUCAAAUCUACAUCGUUUAGGACAAAAUCCACAAGGUGUUAUAGAUAUGUCAAAGAUAAUGUUGACAGACGACUACUUCAGCGAUGUUAAUCCGCGCAGUAUGAGACGGCUGAUGAAUGUCAUUUAUAUUACAGUGCGUUUAUUAAAAGCAUUCCAAAUUGAUUUUAGUUGGUAUCGUUUAAGUUCUUGGAUUAAUUUAACCGAACAAUGGCCUUUAAGAGCCAGUAUGAUUGUCUUGUAUCAUGAUCAAUUUAUGGAUCAGUUUGAUGAUAGUCUUUCCCUGCAAGCUGUAUAUGAAAAAGUACGUCCCAAGUUAGCUUGUUUGCGUGAAGCCGCUGCACUGUUAGAAUUAGAUCGUGAUGAACGUAAAUUAGAUGCCUUUCUACAAUUACAUAAAUCUGAUCUUUUAGUGGCAGAUUUACGUAUAUUUCUUCCAUUUACCAUUAAUUUAGAUCCAUAUUUAAGAAAAGUAUUAAAAGAGGAUCAACAAUCGAUUGAAGAUGAAGGUUCAGUGGUUUUACAAAAUCGCCCUAGUGUUCAGCCAACAAUACGUUUGCCACCAACACCGACUACUUAUGUGCCUUCACCUCUGGGUCCUUAUCCACCAUAUCAGCUAUUACAAAACGAAUACGCCAUGCAGGAAUUGAGACAACGUAAUUUGAGUUCUAGCACUGAACCGCCCAUGACUCCUUUACUUAGUUCACCUGUAGAUUCAUUUGGGGAUGAUAUUCUACAAACAAAACUUUCCGAUCUUACUGUGGAGGGUGUUAUAAGCUUACUAGAACGUGUUGAAGAUUUAAAACCAGCAUUAACCAAAUUAGCUCCAAUUUUAAGAGAAAAUUCUAUUAGUGGGCGUGUUUUGAAAUAUUGUGAACUGAAUGAUUUGAAACAGGUUCUCAAUUUAAGUUUUGGUCACUGGGAACUCUUCCGUUUACUCAUCAAUACUAUGCGUGAUUGUGAAAAAGUCCAGCGUAAAUUUAAACCCACACCAGCUAUAGCUGAUGUACCAGCUAAUCCCGUAGUGCCCACAACGAAAGAUCAAAUUGAUUCACAUAAUCAAUCUCAUUCGCGCAAAAAUUCUACAACAUCCCAUAUGGAAAAACAGGUAAGUCUAAUAGUAAAUAAUAAUCAGUUUUUAAACAGUCGAAUACGGUUAUAUUUUCUCUAUAUAUGUAUUUUCCAUCUUUACUUUAUUCCAACUAAAUCUAUCCACUUUUUUCCCCUCUAUAUGCGCAAUUUCAUUACAGAUCAUGAAUUACAAGGACCACCUACGGUACUUUCAUCUACUCUAAUAAAUACUAAUCUAAUGCCACCAUCAUCACCCGUACAAACACGAAGAGAUUCGAUACUUAAACAACAGGGUAGUGUUAAAACCGAAAAGAGAGUAUCGAUCAAACAUACGAACAGUAAUUCAAAAUUAUCGUCAUCAUCCAAUUUAGAAUAUGUAUCGGAAAAAUCAAAUGAUACGGCAGCAACUAGCUCAUUGGGUAAUGGUAAAAAAAGACAAGGAAAAACAACAUCGGGUCCCCGUCCUGCCUCUUUGGUUAUAACUAAAAAUGAGGGAAAUUCACAAUUUAAAUUGGUACGUUCAUCAUCGAUUGACUAUGAUGAUAUUGAAUCACAACAACAUACCGCCGCCAACAUACAAAGACCAAUAAAUCGUACAACACUGUUGGAGCAAUUGCAGGAAGAUGAAUCGGCUCCAUUGGUAUUCACCGUACACAAGUGACAUUUCAUAUCAUAUCGUUACGCGGCAUAUUUAUACGUAUAAUAAUGUAAGACAUAUUUAUAUAGACAUAUAGUUUUAAAGAUAUCGGAUAAAAAAAGGAAAGUACAUGUUGAUGAUUUCUUGGAAAUAAAAUAUAGGAAAAUGUUUAAAGGAAAAUAUUAAUCUUCUUUUAAAGAAAAUUGCCUUUUGGAAUUUAAAAAAAAUUUCUAAUUAUAACCAGGGAUGGAAAAUUUAGUACUUUUAUCAGUCUAUGGUCCAGUCUAUUAUUCAAUAUAUUAGGCUAUGGACUAGCCUAAGGAUUAUUCUAUGCAGUAUUCCAUUGACUUAUAUGUUUACAAGCUUAUAGAAUACAAUUCGAUGGACUAAGGGCGGGUUUCUUACUCCUCAGUUAAACUAGGCUUAACUUGCUGUUAGAUUAAACUCGAUACAAAUUUAGGCGGACUAUAACCAAUGAUUGUGUUUUUCAGUUUUAGAUUUAAGCUCAGUUAA